AACACUUUCACUUUGCUUCGAAAUUAUGAUACAUGGAUAAAAUUAUACCUACAAUGGCAACACUGGACCGCCGCCACGUGCCAGCCCGCAAACCCCAGUUUUAAGAUUAAUGCUGACCUGAAAGAGGACAAAGCCAAGGUGCUUCUGAAUCAGGAAGUUGAUUUCGAUAAGCCCGGUAAUGCUCAGUUCUAUUGCUUGCACUGUGCCAGAUACUUCAUUACCAGUCAAGCAUUGAAGGAACAUUUCACCACCAAAGUGCAUAAAAGGCGGAUGAAGGCCUUGGAAGAGGAGCCCUACACUAUUGAAGAUUCAGAGCGAGCUGCUGGACAGGGUAGUUGGAAACCACCUCUAAAGAGGAAGAUUGCAACUCAGCAACCCCUAGGCGAGGACUCGGGGAAAAAACAGAAAACUGAUCCAUCAUGUUAAAUAAGUAUAAAAUAAUUUCUAAGGCUGUGAGGCAUUUUUCAUCGGCAUUAUAUAUAACUGGAGAUAAAGCAAUGACAAACUUCGUGGUUCUAACUCCAGUUAUCGAUUUCGAGAAACAGAUAGAGCAUAAGGAAAACUUAAUUGAAAAUAUCAAAGCGCGCCAAUUACCAAUUGAUAUAAAUGCUGUUGAAGAACAAUGGAACUUUUUCCAAGACAUUGAGCAUAAGAAAAAAGCUCUGGAGCAAACCAGAACAGGCAUAAGCCAACGAAUGUCUUACUUAAUAAAACAGGAAAAUGAUUUCCCAUCAAGCAAGGAACUUGACAAAUUAAAGCUACAUCUCAAAAUAGUUAAAGACGAUCUAAAACAUUUACGCACCAUGAGAUAUAGUGUUGAAGAAGCGGCUGCCCUUCAAGUGCUAAACUUGCCUAAUGUUCUACAUCCAAAAACGCCUGAAAAUGAAGAGUUGGAAGUUUAUAGAUACCUAGAAAUAAACGACAGCAAAACAGAAAAUCAUCUAACACUUGGCAAUCAAAAAGGUUAUUUUAAAUUUCUGAAUAAUUUCAGUUGUUAUUUAACAUCAGAUGCAGCCUUAUUUGAACGUUCACUACAAAACUAUUUCAAUGGGGAAUUGGUCAAGUUAAAUUAUCUGCAAUUUUCAAAUUCCGAUCUAGUUAAAAGUGUAGUUGUCGAAGGCUGUGGUGGUAAUCCAUUCGCAGGGUCAGAUGUACUAACUUUAGAAGACAUUCAUUGCGUAAAUAAGGAGGGCCUAAACAGAUUACAUCUUGUUGGGGGCAGCUCUUUCUAUUCGUUUAUGGCAUAUUUUACAAAACAUUUUUUGCAACCCACACAUUUCCCGAUCAAAGCAUUUUGCGUGGGUCGAAAAUAUCAAACUGUGGACCCAAGCUCUAUUCAAAAUCUAUUCAACUUAAAUCAAUCAUCCGAAAUUGGCUUAUUCCGUGCAACUAAUAACUCGGAAGUCUUCGAGCACGUUUUAGAGGACCUCUUAUCAUUAUACAAGCCUCUAGGUUAUCAUUUCAGGGUAGCUUUACUGCCGGCAAAUAAACUAAAUAUCGCGGAAAGUUUAAGAAUUUCCAUUCAAAUGUUUUCGAACCAUCUACAGACUUAUAUUGAAGUUGGAUAUGUUUCUUUUUACGAAGACUUUAUAAGUAAACGGCUACUGCUGAAUUGGAACCAAAAUGGCGUAAGAAAGUUUUCUUAUUUAACUGGUGGAAGCCUAGUGAAUAUUCACAAAGUAAUAGGGUGUGUAGUGGAAAAUAAUAGUCUGGACUCAAAACCGUUGAUAAAUGCCUUUUUGUCUAAAUAUGUAUUUUAAACGUUAUUAAAUCUUGCUAAGUUA